AAUGUUCUCUCAACUGGAACACUAACUCACUCUCUCACUACGUUUCUGGAGCAGAGACAAUGCAUUGAGAAUGCCAUUCUUUCAUUUGUAAGUUUCUGUCUUGGUAUGCUUGAAGACAUGUUUCUGGAGAUGGGUUUGCUGUAAAUUCUGUUCUUGUUUCUAAGCGAAAAGAAAUGAUUAGAAACUUCAGUUCAUUGAAAUUACUUAAUUGCUAUUCUCAGGUCUUUGUGCUCUAAAAGGUUCCUUCUAGUUCCAUCUUGAACAUAAAGAAACGGCCUUUAAGUCCUCCUCCUUUUCUUUUAAUCUUGUGGGUUUUGUCUAUUCUUUGAAAUGAUGAAUGGGCUUCUUCGUUUUUGUUACGAUGUAACCACAAAUGAUAUAUGCUUUUGCUAGCAUUGAUAGCGUGAUGCUUUGCUGUAACUAGAGGAACUUGACUCUCUUAUUGUUUUUAGUGGCAUUGUCUGUCAUGUUUGAUUUGUAGUUUGAGAAUGAAGCUGUCAAUUUCAGAUAUAACCAUAGGUUUUGGUUUCAUGAGGUUCCAUUAGCACGAGUCAAGUUUUUUAACAUGAAAGAAAGAAGAGAGUGUGCAAUAAAUGGACCGGAACUUGGAAUUCCCUGUAAAUUUUCCCCCAUUAGUUGAUCUUGAUUAAAUUUGGCGAUUUUAGUUAAUUACUCUGACUUCUGUGGCACUUGAGAAACAAUUUAACUACCAAGGAAAAGUGUUUGUAGAGCUGAUCAUGACACAUGGUCAUCCAUUGGAACGCUAUUUAGCUGCGCUGCUAUUGAAAUUUAUGUAUCUGCGGAACUUAAAAUGCCACCCAUAAUACAUAUAAAAUUAGGUUCACGUUUUGUGAUUUCAGAGGCAACGGGCGAUUAUUUGGUUGUAUUUGUCUUUCAAAUCUCCCAUUAAGUUUUGUGUAUAUCAUUCAUCAAGUUCUCAUAUACAGGGAGAUGUCAUUUUAUUGGUAACUGUUUGCAUUUGAAGGAUUCAAUUGAAUGAUUUAUCCAGUUUGUUGUUUUCUCUUGCAAAAUUCUUUGAAGGGCUUCAUCAGAUUGACGUUAUGGAGCUUGUCUGUUCCACAUCUACCAUGCACCCGUGUCUCAAACAAUCUUUUGUGGCCAACUCUGGGUUAUGUGUUGGAACACACACAUUUUCAACCAAAUGUACAGCAGUCAAACCAUCAUAACUCUAUUGUGAUGAACACAUGUCCCGCAUAUGCAUCUAUUAGUACCUUCCCAAGAGUUUAUGAUUCUGCAGCCUUGCAAAUCAGUGUUAGUGUCAGGGAGACAACAGGUUCCAGCAAGCAUUUCCAUUCAAAAAUUAGCUUAGAUUCAGCUGAGAAGCAGACUCUCAUCGAGGAGGUUCAACUGGAUGGGUACUGUGAUACUGCAGAAAGUUUCAAUGAACUUCCCAAAAAGGGAAAAGGAAAGAAAAAACAUGGGAACAAAGGGAGAAUUCCCUGGAACAAAGGCAGAAAACAUACUGCAGAGACCCGUGCACUCAUCAAGCAAAGAACAAUUGAAGCCUUGACAAACCCCCAGGUUAGGAAGAAAAUGUCAGGACAUCCUCGUGCUCAUAGCGAAGUGAUCCGGACAAAGAUAAGCUCUUCACUCAGACAAAUUUGGGGUAAACGUUUGAAAUGGAAAAGGAUGAGAGAGAAAUUCUUUCUUUCAUGGUCUAAAAGCAUAGCAAGAGCAGCUAAGGAAGGAGGCAUUGACCAGCAAGAGCUAGACUGGGAUGGCUAUGAUAAAAUAAAAGAAGAAAUAACUCUCAAGCAGCUUCAAGUUGCCAUUGAAAAGGAAGAGGCAGAGGAGAGAGCAAAGAGAACAGUUGAGAGAGAAGCAAAGGAAAGGGAAGAAAUGGUGAGGGUUGCUCAAAAAAGAGAGAAGCGGGAAGAGAAAGUGAAGGCAAGAGAAGAAGCAAAGAGAAAGGCACACAGAGAAUCAAAGAAAAAAACAGAAGAGUCAUCUGUUGCCCAAAAGCUGACACUUAAGCGGAGAUUAACAAAGAUUCGAAAAAGAAAAUCCAUUAAUGAUCAGAUGAUUCGCCAAGGGGCAUCAUUGACUUCCCAUAGCUGAGCUUGGGAGAAAAUCGAUGUAGAGAUUAAAAAGAGGGAAAAAAUUCAAAGAGAAGCUUCACUUGCUGAACAGAUCCGAGAUGCCAAAAACAAAAGAACUGAAUCCAUUACUAGGGAAGCUUUGGCAGCACCAUCUACGCAGCAUUUAUUUGCUGGGAGAUGAAUGCAGUAAGAGUUGCAUUAUGUGCAGUAACAGAGAAACUCAACUCGCGCUUCUCUAAUUAUGACUUCCAUCUACUUGCUGUUUUUGCUUAUGCUUGAGCAAUUGUCAGCUGCGCAGCAGCUCUCUGUGAAGGGGUGAAAUCUGGGCCUUUAUAGUAAAGGAUAUGCACUAGAGUUGACUCUAGAUCUCAGAUUUCUAGCACUAAUAGUUGUUUCUCGUCCAUGUCCCUUGGCAAAAAUUUGAGCUAUAUUUAUCGUUUUUUUUUCCCCGUCACCUUUUCACAGAAAUAGGAAGUUAGCAACCCCAAUUUUUUAUUCUGAAUCUAUGUUUUUGCUAAUUUUGGCAUUAAGUGGAUUCCAAAUCAUCCUUUUACACA